GUGGCACACUCUGUUUUUCGAUCCGUUACGACAUUGGCAUCAUGGCCGAGAACAAGCUGUCGUCGUCCGCCGCCGCGUGCCUGGAAAAGCUGCGUGACGCUAAGGACUGUAAAUGGGUGACAGACGCAAGCAACCAGGGUGUGAAGCAGUUGAACAACAUGCUGAACUCGGAGGCGCCAUUGGAGCCCCUGAAAAUCCUAGCCGCCGUCGAUAAGCCCGUCGCGGGGCCGUACCAGAAGCACCUGAUUCAAUUGAAAGUCCGUGUUGCCCCGAAAACAAUCUGCUCGCCAGGUGCAACUGACAUCUCCGCAGCUGCAUGCGAUUUUGACUUGAAGCGAAGUGCAAUUUUUCAAUUGCUCUUAUCUCAGCCAUCGACGGGCACAGAUCAAUGGACCCUUGUCGACAGCCUGCAGAUCCAAGAUUCAACAGCAUCCUCGGUUAGCCAAAGCGUCGACGACAUCGUCGUUGUUGGGGUGCCUCAAAAGGCUUCCACAGCUACAAGCGGGCAGUCGCCGUUCAAGUUUAUCCCUCCUUACGCGCUGGAAGUCCUCGUAGUUGCCGCGUGCAUCUUUGGACUCACGGCGCUUCUCGUGCACACAAUCCGUCAUCGUCGAACGGGGUAUGCUUCCGUCGGUCAACCUCACGCGCAAGUUAAAGUGCGACGCGUGGACUUGAAGCGCCCAAACCCAGUCCCGCGGAACGAAGAAACCACGUUGCGGCAUUCCCACGAGAAAAACGAGCGGUUCGCCGUUUGACUACACGGUUGCUUUUCCGCUGUAUUUUAAUUGGUCUCGUGUAAUGAUAUGCGGUUGUUCACCUCAUGGU